AUGAUCUUCUCCGACUUCUACAAGGGCCCGCGCUCGCCCUUGGCCAAGCUGCGCCAUCAGCCCCCUCAGAUCCAAACCGAGCCGCUCGAGGAAACCCCCGACUGGCUCGGCGCCGAGUACGCCGAUCUCCUGAGCAAGGACAAGACGAAGCAGAAGGAGGCUGUCAAGCGAUACCUCUCCGACAAGGUCAAGACGGACUGGCAGUUUACUUGGCCUGCUCAGCCGAGUGCCACACCGCCUCUCGAACCAGAACGUCGGCCGGGCCAGGAUGAUGAAGCCUGGACCCAGGCUCCACCCGACGAGCACCAGGACGACGCUUGCCAGGACGCUGCCCAUCAGGGGGGUGGCCUCGCCGGGUUGGACGGAGCUGUCUCGGACGCCUCGGACGACGACGCCUCGGACGACGACGAUGCGCGAUCCGUGUACAGCAUCGUGUCCGAAGAUGCCGUCCACUAUCGCCCGAGAAUGGAGUGGACCUCCGACCUCUCUGAUGACGACGAAACCACCGUCGACCCUGCAGUCGAUGCGCACCCUGCCGACGCCUCCGUCCCCGACAAGCGGACUCGCCGCCGGAGGGCCUUGCGAGAGGAGCUUUCCUGGAACGACGGCCUGGCCUGCUUCGAGGCGCGACGCGAUGCCUGGACCGGUGCCCGAACCGUCCGCGUCCGCCACAAGCCCGCCACCCCUCCUUCAUCCUCUCCCCGCUCGCCCCGACGCUUCUUCUUCCUCCACUCGCUGUCGGCGUCGCCACCCAGCUCGGCGCCCGUCGCCGCCGCCCCGAGUGCCGACGGCUCCGGUACCCUCUCCGACGGCUCGUCGGUGGCCCGCGAAGGAAACGGCCAGGAGCUCAAGAGGCGGCAGUCGUCCAUCUCCGACGCAACCUCGCCUCGCCUCCAUCCCGUCGAGACCUUGUUGCCACUCGGCCCGCCCCUGCUCCCCCCGAAGAAUCCCCUGCGGGCCUCCAUCAACCCCAACGUCUACCUCAGCCUCUACGACAAGGUGACGCUGAGCAACCUGCAGCCUGCCUGCCCCGUCAACCUGUCCGACAUGGUGCGCUCCUGCGUCGCCGGCUGGAAACGCGACGGGGAAUGGCCCCCGCGAUCCUCCAUCGCCGAGCAUGUCAUGGCGGCUCGCAAGAAGAAGCGAGCGUCCGCACCUUCGGCAGGGAACGACCAUCACGGUACCUUUACGAGGCGUAUGAGCUUUGGUCUUCUCGGACGCGACGACGAUGAUCUUCGACCAGCCAAGGGGAUCCGCCGAAGCCUUCAGAAGGCCUUGGGAAUUGGUCCCGUCCCUGGCGUCGAACCUGAGCCGGUCAAGGGCGGAUGA